AUGUCCGAGCUUGGCUACACGGAGCCGCACAAGAUUUUGGCGUAUCAAGAAGUGAAUUUUGGGACCGCAGUAGUACGUCGAGCUGUACUAGUACGUUCUGAAUUACAAGAUGAUACCAAAGUGACACAAUGUCCCUCGUUUACAUUAGAGAAAUACAACAAGUCCCACAUCAUAGCUUACGGUCAAUGUCGACGUGACUCUCCAUUGGAGACUCGACCUGGCAAAACAGUCUUGUCGGACAUUUUUCUCAUAAAAUCGUCGACGUUGCCAGGGAAGGUAUGGGUUCACAAGAAGUUAUUAGGGAGUGAAGGAGAUAAGACAGUGCAGACGCUCUUGACUAAUAAGACUUUGUUUGUCACGCACCCGGGCAUGGAGUCUGAGGUGACGCGCCCCGUAGUGAAGAGACCCCAAAAGGAAGUUCCUUCGUUAGUUUCUUUCCAAGUGAAAGGAGAGAAACAAAUGAAGCCGAUACCCUCAUUAAAGGAAUUGGGAGCUCCACUGACGACUCCAAGCGCAACGAGUUUUGGUAAAGCGGUGAAGAGUGAAAAAAGUGAUAAAGUAAAUAUAGAACACGUCAAAAUCACGCCAACACUCCCAACGACAGGGAAAACUAUUAAACUGGAGACGUUAAAAGCGAUGUUUGCGAUUGGAUCGGAGUCACUGGAACCAUCACUGCUGUGUGUAAAACUGUUUGCGGAGUCUUUAUUUUCGCCACUGAAACACUUUCCAACAUCUAUACCUCAGGCAGAAAUGGCGGAUUAUACAACAGAUAUACUCAAGUUGAUUGACACGACGUUUGUGAAACCGGACUCCGUGCUUUUGUCGUCACUGUUUAUAUUUGGGAUCGAACUGGCACAAGUCAAACAAGUGUGGGAACAAAGGAAAAUGAAUCAAGAGGGCGUCAAAAAACUCAUACAAGACAUGACAAGGCAAUUCCAAACGAUUUCGUUUGUGUUCACCCCACAGAUGAAACACAUUGUGUCACUCAUCUUUGAAAAAUCAACAAAAGAAGAACCGUUCGAUAUUAGAGCGGAAUUUCUGAACGUCACAGAAUCGUUUGUGUGGGGCGAGAAAGAGGUCUCCCAUCUCCACCAAUCGUCAAAACCGACACCGAUCGCGCGAUUGAAUGUCUUGCAAAAAUAA